AUGCCCUUGAAGAGCUCUAUGGCCGCGAAGCUGCUGCUGAUGGCUACAACGCUGUUGAGCUCUAUGGCAUCAACAACUAUGGACUUCGUCCUCGAUGAACAGGAUGGCAUUUGGGAGAUCGCCUGUGCACCUCACUCGUGGCUCAGUGAAGCUUGCGACCAACAAGGUCUUCGACCUCGCCGGAUCAACCUCCAACAGGGCUAUGACAUCUAUAAGACGGCAACCUGGGAGCAUUUGAAGGGUCUUCGACGCCGUCAUCGUCCCCGGCGACUGUGGUUCAGUCUUCCUUGCACCAAGUGGUGCCAAUGGUCCAAGCUCAACUACUCCACUGAGGAGCGCCAAGAACUGUUAGCCACCUAUCGCCGUCGGGAGCGACGCAUGCUAUGGCAAGCAGCUCACUUCAUUGAAGACACCCUCAACGAGGAUCCCGAGACCGACAUCUACUGGGAGUGGCCUUGGCCUUGUGAAGGAUGGAAUCAACGACCCUUGGAAUACAUUGCUCACCUCCUCCAAGCUCACGGCCGUGAAUGGCUUCCAUGCCGUGUUGAUGGGUGCAACUAUGGUCUCCGUGCUGAUGAUGGUGCUGGCGACUUUCUUCGGAAGCGAUGGAUGAUUCGGACAACCAGCUCCUUCUUCCACCAGCGCUUCAAAGCUAAGGUAUGUCCUGGCAGUCACCGACAUGCCUGGAUUCAGGGAGCCGAGACAUCCAAGAGCUCCUACUAUCCCUGGCGCAUGGUCAAAUCGAUGGCCCUGGCAUGGCGUCAAGAGUAUGUCUCUGACCGCAACAUGCAGCUCAUCUUUGCCAAGGAGGACAAGCCCUACAUGGUCCCGAUUGAGGACGAGAUCAACAUGGAGCGCACUGCACUUCAAGCACUACCUGCUCUCCAAGAACAACCAGCGGGACAAGAACUUCUACCCGAAGGUGGUGCCACACCCAGCUCUACUUCCCUGACUCCAACCUCGGAUGAGCUGAAAAAGUGGAAGGCUCGACUGGCCCAUUUCCACAAAGCUGCGGGUCAUCCAACUGCCCGCAACCUCGCUCGUCUUGUGCGAGAGGCUGGAGGUCCAUUGUGGAAGAUACAAGCGGCUCUGGAGCACACAUGUGAGACCUGCAAGGCCGCCAUUGCUGACAUCAAGCACGUGGCUACAGCUAUCCACCAGGAGAACCUGAGCAACAGCCCUGAGAUGACUCUCACACUGGCAGCUUCAGCCUUGAAUGGCACUGAGUACACCGCCGGCUACUCUUCCCAUCAAUGGGCAUUUGGCACCAAGUACUCCAUCAGCGACGAGGACAUCCGCAUAUGGAAUGCCUUCGAGCCCAAGGAAGAUUUUCUUCGGAUCACCAAGGCUCGCUCUGAAGCUGAGGAGAUUGCGCGUCGAUCGCGUGCGAGAAGGGUGCUAAGCAAGCUGGCCAACACCACUGUCCGACAGCCUGUCCGACAGUAUGCGCCGACAGAACUGGUCAUGGAACUACCUGACCUACCAGCGGCUCCAGAUGAGACCACGCUGGCUCCGAUUCGCCGAGCUGUGGGAAAAUCCACCCUGAAGGACUCCGACUACAAGGUCGUGCAUCGAUCUAGUCCAAUCGGUCAAGCCCGAGCACCUCCUGCUCCAAAGAAGUAUUUGCCUCCACCGCGGACAACGCCGACUUCAGAGGACUUCAAGGUUCCUGAUGAAGAGUACACACCAUCUCUGCCAGAUCCAGAACCUGGCGAUGAUCCUGAACCAGAGGGCACUACAUCCCUGCCUUCGUCUUCUACAAGGGUCAAUGACUAUGGAGAAAAUGAAGCGCCAGAUCCAAAGAAGCUCAAAUUGGCCGACGCCAAGGAGCCAGAAGUCAAACGCCAUCGUGGCGACCAUGAGACUGAGUAUGACCUCAAAUGGUUGGAUCUGCUUCGUGAAGAGGCGCAAGAUGAGAUCACACACCACGACCUCUUCGCCUUCCUGGAGUCCUAUGAUGGUGAAUGCCUCUCCAUCGAAGUGGACAUUGAGCUGAAGAACCGGCGACAACGCCGCAGCUUCAUGCAGGACCCUGUCCUCUACCUGACCAAGAAGCUCAACUCCUCCGAGGUCACCACUGCCGGAACCUUGGAGCAUGCAAGGGAGAUCCAGGCAAUGAUUGCCGAAUGCCGUGCUCAGGCCACAUCCCUCGAGUUCGUGAAGUUUGAUGACAUCUCCCACUGGUCCGAGGUAGUGUUCAUCGGCAUGGGCGAUCAAGCUCACAACAACAGGAGCAAGGGCGAGAGCACUGGAGGCUUCGUAAUCCUGGCCUCAUCACCGGCUUGCAAAGCCGGACAUGUCUGCAGGAUGAGCCUCUUGGCUUGGCGCACCUGGCGUCUAAAACGCCGGGCAGUGGGAAGCAAUGACGCGGAGGUCCAGGCGAUUUUGGAGACGGAAGAUGUCUUGUUCCGCUGCAGAUUGCUAUGGGCUGAAAUCCAUGGCGCCGGACUGAAGAUCCAAAGCCUACGUGGCUUCGACAUGGUGGACGCCAUGGAGGAGAUCGUCCGCCGUGUGCACGGCGUGCUGUGCACAGACAGCCGAGGAGGGUUCGACGCAGUCGAAGUCAAUGAGUCGCCGCUACUGGGGUUGGCCAACCUUCGAAGCGCCCUACAAGCCUUUCAAUUGCGCGACCACCUGAAGCGCACAGGCUGUGAAUUGAGGUGGGUAGCGUCCGAUUACGACCUCGGGGACGCGCUCACAAAAAAGCGGCUGGACAGCAGGUUGGGUCUCCAGCGGUUCCUCCAAAGCUGGAAGUGGGCGAUCAACUUCGACCCGACGGGCCCCUUUUUGAAGCCAGACCUCAGCGGUCUUAGAAAAGAGAGCCAUAGGCACCGGCUGCCUUUCGAUCGACGUGGUUUCUUCGAGCCCUUUGUUUUCGCUACCGCUGCGUUCCCGCUACAGAAUGUCAAUUUGAUGGUGUAG